GAUAUGGUCACACAGCACCACUGUCAGACGGCGGGAAGGCCUUCUGCAUCAUCUACUCUGUGAUUGGCAUCCCCUUCACCCUCCUCUUCCUCACUGCUGUGGUGCAAAGGAUCAUGGUGUUCAGCACACGGAGGCCGGUCAUGUACGUCCACACGCACUGGGGCCUGUCCAAGCCACUGGUGGCCAUUGUUCACGCCACUCUGCUCGCCUUGUUGGCCGUCUCUUGCUUCUUCCUCAUCCCCGCCGCCAUCUUCUCGGGGCUGGAGGAGAACUGGAACUUCCUGGAGUCCUUCUACUUCUGCUUCAUUUCCCUCAGCACCAUCGGCCUGGGAGACUACGUACCUGGAGAGGCUGUGAAUCAGAAGUUCAGGGAGCUCUACAAAGUGGGCAUCACUGUCUACCUGAUCCUGGGUCUGAUAGUCAUGCUGGUGGUGCUGGAGACCUUCUGCGAGCUGCAGCAACUGAAGCAGCUGAGGAAGAUUUUCUACUUGAAGAAGGAGAAGCCGCAGGACCGCCUCGCCAUUUUGGAGCACGACCACCUGUCCUUCACCACUGUGUCCAAAAGAGCCACAGCGCACAACGAAGACAAAACCCAUCCGUUUGUGAGCGUCUCAACUCUGGUCUCUCCCAAUGAUGAUCCCAUGAUCCAGUAAACAUCGACAGAGCAAACAUCCAUUGAAGGCUAAAAAAUGUGAAAGUAGGGAGUAAUGCACGCAAGUCUAUAAGUAGAUGUAAUGAGUAGAGUCUCAGCUAUAGGCAUUCUGCAAAGCUCGACCAUGCAGAUUUUAGUAGUAAAACUAGUUCAGACUAUUCAGAUCAAGCAAACAAUCUCCUUUACCAAACCACAAUACUGAUGAUAUAGUGCUAUGCAGCAGAGAUUAAAUUUAUGUGCAUUAAUAAGUGGAAAUUAAUAUUCUAACAGUGAAUAUAAAGACAAACUCAGCGAUAAAAGAAAAGCCUUCUGCUGUAUUUAUGACUCAUAGGAGCUAAAUUCCUUUAUGGGCUGGAUUAUUUAUUGCAUAUUUAGGAACAUUUUAGGACGUAAUUGGUCUCUUAAAUCUAACUGAAACAUGGGACAAUUCUAAAACAGUACUAAACAGUACAUAAAUAUGUAUGUAUAUUAUAAAUAGAGAUGCUUGACAGGUACGUGGAAUGUACAUAAUCAGGUAAAUGUUUUAAGAUGUACAGUAUAGUGCCAUCUAGAAUUCACAUACCCGUUAAAGAUGAGCCAAAGUGUAGCCAACAGAUGAAAACCAACUCGAGUAAUUAAUUAUGACUUCCGUUCAGAAUUGGUUUACAUAAUUUUUAUCAGAUGGAACUUGGAGGGGAUAUUUUGUAAUGUACCAUGGCAUGUUUUCCGGCAGUGCUUGUUACAAACUGAUCAAAGUUGGCUGGUGGGUAAGCUCUGAAAUGCUUUAUUGGAUUCUUUUCAAUCUGACUAGCUCCCAUUGAUUUUUUAAAAUGUUUUUGAAAGUUUCAGGGGGAUUGUUUUUCCAUUGCAUAAUGUGGUUCAGAUGGUUGGCUGAAAGAGAGGUUUCAGUUUUCAGAUCCCGAACAAAGCAUCUGAAAUAACAGACAAUGCAAUUUAUGAACAAUGAGUGGGUUGAGCUCAGAAGAAGAUAUCCUGAAAGUGUGACAUAUUCAACCAUGAGAGUUUGCAAAACAUCAGGUUUUGUUUAAGAAACUGCAGAGAAGAAACAAUUUACUCUAUAUGUAAGUAGUCUUACUGCCAUGUUUUGUAGCAUUUUUGGCUCAUCUUUACAAAGGUGUUAACUAUUCUGGUUGCACUCCGCAUUGUCACAUUUCAUUGUGAGGGAAAAUAUUUGUCUGCAGAUGUGUGUAUUUUCUCAACAUGUUGCAGUGGUAUUUCAAAGUUGUCCAUGUGUGAUGAUAAGCACUAUAACUUAUUGAUUUGUCUGAAUGACUUAAUGUGUACUGGACUGUGUGAAAAGGGAAGUAAAGUUAGUCUAGCUUAAAAAGGGAACCACAGAGGGCCGACCGGCCUGUUGCAUUUUACAGUAAGUAAAGAGUUUGCACAUGUACUGGAGUCAGGCAGUAGUACAAAAAAGGAACCGUUUGGGAUUUCUCUAAAAGAAAAGAGUCAUGACUUCAAAGAUUUCAUCUGUAAAAACAGGAUAUAUUUUUAAUGGAAAAAUAAUACUUUCAUUGUGGAGGAUCUGUGAAAGGCUUGAUAAUUGCUCAAAGCAACAAAAGAGAAAAAUGUUGAACAGAAACUGCUUUGCUGUAUUUACAUCAUUCGAAUGUAGAAAUGUAUAUUUUUGAAUAUGACAUGAGGAAGGUUUACAAUAUUUUGUUAGUAAUUAAAUAAAUUCUGUACUAGAAACAGUACACCAGGGAAACUUGAAACUUUAAAUUCAAGCAGCAGGAGUGCAGCUUAACAUCAGUUCUGAUUAUCAACCACAUCAGUUUUUAAUCUGCUUAUCAACCAAGGAUAACCGUCCAUAAUUGGAAUUUAAACCAGUGGAUAUAAACUUGCAAGUUUGUAUGACAUAGCACUCCUGUUUAUUUUUUUAAGGUAUUUGUAUCUGGAAGAAAAACGCGACAGAAUUAGUCAUUUCAUGCCAUUAUCCGUCCUCUAAUAUUCUGUUAUGGCACAAACAGACGUCCACACAUACAGUGUAGUACGCUUCUGUGAUGCAGACUUAUUUGUCAUAUACAUGUUUUAGCACAUUUGAGAGAAAGACGUGCAUUUGUUAUGAAUUUCAACAACUUUCAACUAUGUCUAGCUGAAGUUCUGACCUCAUCUUGUGUUUUUUUCUGCUACAUCGCCACAUCAAGACACACUCACAGCCUUUUAUGAAGUCUUGAAUGUAAUUUUUUUAUGCUGUUUGCUACCGUGAGAUUCAAGGCCUGACCAGAGUGCAGCAUUACUCCUUCCUGCUCUGCUGGCUCUGUUAGUUUAGUAAUGACAGGUUUAUUUGAAACUGUGUGUACAGGUGAGCUUUGGCGAGGUGUCGUGACCGCUUGCAAAAGUAGUGUUGACAGUGUCAUCGUCUGAGUUACUCGCUGAUCUUUAAUGUUGUGUUUUAUAGAUCAGCGGGAUAGUAUUUCAUGCUUUUUUUUCCACCAGUUUGGCCUUCAUGUGAACUGUGAAGCAUUUGUACUGCUCAUAUUGUCUGCUGAGAAAAGCAAGAACUUGAAUUUUGCCAGAUUAGGGUUUCUCUUUUACUGUAAGAUGUUUCGCUGAUGUGUAGAUACAUUAAAUAGAUUGACGUCAAGGCUUCGACCCUUUGACGUUGCUGUUUUCGGCAGUGUUUGUCAUGCAUAUACAGUUUGUCUUGGAGGUGAGAGCUGUCAGGUAAAGUAGUUCUAGUUCUGUUCAGGGAGUAACUAUUGUGUCAAGGAUUACAAACAAGCACACUAACACUAUUUAUAUAUGCUGACCGAAUUAACACGUCGGGAAUAUUUGGAAUCAUUGGUUUCUGUACUUAUCUCUUCAGUUGUUGUGGGGCAUACUGUGGAUUCAUAUGCACCGUUGAGUAUUUUGGUGUUACAAUAUCGAUGUUGUAAUACAGGAGAACUUUCCAUGGAGCACAAAGGUUGUAUGUAAAAUUCAUUCCAGCAAAAGAAGUGAAUCCAUGAACUGUAAAAUAUCAGUGUCUUAAAUAAAGUGUUGGUUUAUCAAUA